GCUCUUGCAGAGUUGGCUAAUGCCGGCAGGCCGUUGUUUCCGGGAAACGACGUUAAUGACCAGCUGAAGCGCAUCUUCAAGUCAUUAGGAACUCCUACAGAGGACACCUGGCCAGGAGUUGCCCAACUUCCAGACUAUAAACAAUUUCCUAUUUAUCAACCAACAAUGUCGUUUUCACAAGUAGUACCAAAGCUUUCAGCAAAAGGUAGAGAUCUCUUGCAGCGGUUGCUGGUGUGCAACCCAGCUCAUCGUAUGUCAGCCGAAGAUGGUAUGGCUCACCCUUACUUUUAUGAUCUCAACCCUGCACUGAGAACGUAGCACGGAUGCAGCACACUUGCCAUCAUCGACACCAUCAUUUGCAUCUUUGUAUAUGAACUUCAACCCAACAUUACAGCAAAAAUGCGAGGAAAUAAAUAUUUACCUGCAAAUUUUUACAGGUUAAACCCGGGCAUCUGUCUAGAGAAGCAUAUUACAUCUGGUUCCGUAUCUGCAAGCUCUAUAAAUUAUAUUGGAAUUUUUAAACCGUCACUUUCAGAUAGUGUACGUCAAAUAUGAGGUAUAUAUUACUUAGUUGUUUUAUAGACAGUGCUUUGAGCUUUUGAUAGUUAUACUGUGUCGAAUUGAUUCUGAGUGUAAUUGUGGACGAAUUUCCAACUUCUCACAGAUGUGUUGUUAAAAUGUAUAAAUCGUUUCUAAUCGAUUUGAAACACUGACGUUUGCAUAUGUAAAAUACUUAAUGUUUUGUUGUAAACAGUAGUUACGUCGGUGUAGUCAUUCAUGUACAAUGUAGUAUAAUGUGGUUAGUGUCGUUGCCCUCAGACGCACAACUGGUCAUGCGGAGUGCAAGUGUGCUGACGGUCGCUAUUCGUGUCAUCUGUAGUUGCUCGUUUAGUGAAUUCUCUACUUGCUUGUUACCAUGGUUUCUAGCUAUUUUAUCAGUCGUUGAUUCUGGUCAUGAGUGAUCGAGUAGUACAUUCCAAAAUUUCUGUAGAGGGAAUGACGAGACUGUAGACGCCAGCGAAGUUCGCGAUGUCGCAAUUUGUUUUACAGCAGACGUUUGGAAUCGUAUUGACGGCAACAAAUGAGAUUUGCGUUUGGGGAAAUUUAUACAGCCGUAUAUAAUAUGCAAUUACUUAUGACGUCAGCACUUUAUAACUGAUUGUUUAUUCGUCUUUACUGCUGAAUUGGAGAUUAUGUAUGUCUAGCUUGAUGUAGAGAUAGUAUAAAUUGAAGAGAUGGGUAAGAUCGAGUAAGAAGCACAGAGGGACCAUAUUUAAUCUAGUCAUGAACUUCAUUCCUGUGCUAAUAAAUGGUUUAGUAUGAAUUUUGUUAAACUGUUGUAUUUGUUUGUUAUAAUGUUGUUGUCAUCACUGUUAUGGAAUUUUUACAGUAUAAUACCAGCACAGGAUGAACCAAAUUCAAUAUUAUCAUAUAUGUCUAUAUGUGGAACACACUGAAAUACCAUAGCUCUUACAUUCCAGAAAAUAUGGAAGUAUUUUGUAAGUCCGGCAGUAUCUUCAUUGCACUAUGAUACUGCAGAAUCCUAAUGUGGUUGCCAUGUGAUCUAAUGAAUGUAAUUUACAAUUCCUACUAUUAGAUUGUGAACCAGCCAACAUUUCCUCUAGUUAUAAUCGUGUACAUGUAAUCAGUAAGUGUUCUGAUUGAAAAUCACUGCUAAAUGAAUAAAUAUGAAAAGUUACUGAGAACACAUA